AUGAGCUUCGGAUUGGAGCACUACCUGUGCUCUGCCUCCUCCUACCGCAAGGUGUUCGGGGAUGGCUCGCGCCUGUCCACGCGCCUCUCCGGGCAGGGAGGCUCAGGCAGCUUCCGCUCGCAGUCGCUGUCUCGCAGCAAUGUGGCCUCCACGGCCGCCUGCUCCUCGGCCUCGUCUCUCGGCCUGGGCCUGGCCUACCGCCGGCUGCCUGCCUCCGACGGGCUGGACCUAAGCCAAGGGGCGGUGCGCACCAACGAGUACAAGAUCAUCCGCACGAACGAGAAGGAGCAGCUGCAGGGCCUCAAAGACCGCUUCGCCGUCUUCAUCCAGAAGGUGCACCAGCUGGAGACGCAGAACCGCGCGCUCGAGGCCGAGCUGGCGGCGCUGCGACAGCGCCACGCCGAGCCGUCGUGCGUCGGCGAGCUCUUCAAGCGCAAGCUGCGCGCGCAGCUGGAGGAGGCGAGCUCUGCGCGAGCACAGGCCCUGCUGGAGCGGGACGGGCUGGCCGAGGAGGUGCAGCGGCUGCAGGCGUGCUGCGAGGAGAACCGCGGGCGCGAGGGCGCCGAGCGCGCCCUGAAGGCGCAGCAGCGCGAUGUGGAUGGCGCCACCCUGGCUCGCCUGGACCUGGAGAAGAAGGUGGAGUCGCUGCUCGACGAGCUGGCUUUCGUGCGCCAGGUGCACGACGAGGAGGUGGCCGAACUCCUGGCCACGCUGCAGGCGUCGUCGCAGGCCGCUGCCGAGGUGGAUGUGUCUGUGGCGAAACCGGACCUGAAUUCGGCGCUCCGGGAGAUCCGCGCCCAGUACGAGUGCCUGGCCGCUAAGAACCUGCAGUCAGCCGAGGAGUGGUACAAGUCCAAGUUCGCCAACCUGAACGAGCAGGCGGCGCACAGCACUAAAGCCAUCCAAGCCAGCCGAGAAGAGAUCCACGAGUACCGGCGCCAGCUGCAAGCUCGCACCAUUGAGAUCGAGGGUCUGCACGGGGCCAAUGAGUCCCUGGAGAGGCAGAUCUUGGAACUGGAGGAGCGGCACAGCGCCGAGGUGGCCGGCUACCAGGACAGCAUUGGGCAGCUGGAGAAUGACCAAAGAAACACCAAGAGUGAGAUGGCUCACCACCUUCGGGAAUACCAGGAUUGGCUCAAUGUCAAAAUGGCCCUUGACAUUGAGAUAGCGCCUUACAGGAAACUGCUGGAAGGUGAAGAGACACGAUUUAGCACCAGUGGAUUAAGCAUUUCAGAGCUGAAUCCACUUCCCAACCCAAGUUAUCUGCUCCCUCCUAGAAUCCUUAGUUCUGCAACCCCCAAAGCCUUAUCCACUGGGCUGUCCCUUAAAAAGGAAGAGGAGGAAGAAGAGGAAGGGGCUUCUAAGGAAGCCUCUAAGAAAACAUCUAAGAUAGGGGAAAGUUUUGAAGAAACUCUGGAGGAAACGGUGAUAUCUACGAAGAAAACCGAGAAGUCAAAUAUAGAAGAAAGCACCAUUUCAAGCCAAAAAAUGUAAUUCCAUUACUUAAAAAAAAAAGUCAG